UAAUCGCAGCCAACUUCACCGGGUUCGGUGGCUGCCAUAUUUCUUUCCUGCUGGUCUUUCAACGAGAAAAGACUUGAGAUGGCAACCUCUUCGCACCUCAACUGGUUGAUCAUUCGCAACAACAACGCUUUCUUGUUGAAGAAGCGUGAUGUGAAGAAACCCUUCAGCACAGAGCCCAACAACUUGACAAGUGUUAGCUCUUACCGUUACAGCGGCGUCGUCCACAAAAAGACCGUUGCCGUUGUUCCUGCUGCCGAUAAGAAGGGCUUCACCGCAGUGCUGAAAAAGGGCAAAUAUGCUCAGCGUCCUGCCAAGAACACGGUGCGUGUUGACUUCAAGGCUGGUCCCAGACGCUCCCUGAAGAAGUUGAAGAACUUGUUGAUUGGCUCCAAGUACCGCAAAGAUCUGACACAGGCUGCUCUUCGUCGCGCCUCUGCUGUUCUGCGUUCCCAGAAGCCCGUCGCAGUCAAAUCGUCCGCUUAAGGUGCCCGAAUAAAACGCAUUAAUUGGGACAAUGAUUGUGAAGCCGUUUUCUACUCCAGAAUAAAGAAAAAAAAUGUUAAAACCCAA